AUGCAGCUUCUUCGCACGCUCAAGCCGCAGCUUUGCAAGCAUUGUGCUCAGAAGUGCACCUCUUUGUGUGUCUCGGCACCUCUGCAUAAAUUCAGAUUGCAACGACCGCUGCCUCUCGGUGAGUGUUUCAUUACAAGCAAGGAUUCCAGCAGAUUGUCAGGCCUCAGCUUUUGUGUGUGCCUGCUGCAUGUCCUGGGCGAGACUCACCGAGAGUAUGUUGAUGAUAGCUGGAGCAGCAGCUUCUAUCAACCCCACGAUGUGCAGGUCAACCAUAUAGGGAUGGUCAAUGCACAGGCGGUGUACUUUGCGACAAAGACAGGUGUGUCAAUGCUGCAUGAUGGACUGCUCACGCCUGCUGUGGAAAGGCAUGACUCCGAGCUGGUGGCCUUCCAUAUGUGCCACCACCGCAGCAGCCUGUUCUACGAGGUGCUAUCAAAGGAUGGUGGGGUACUCACCAUCUAUGAGUACAGCCUGUUGGCCAAAGAGUCUGUCAAGGUGGCGAUCUUCCAAGAGACGGUGCCUGCCAAGUCCCUUUGCUGCGUGGACAAUCUGCUGCUCCGCGCCUCGCGUGCCAGCCUUCUAGCCGUGAGCCUCUCAUCGGGUGCUCUCGGGGCGUCGAGCAUUCUGCAGAAGUUCAAGGACGAGCAGGAUGUGCUGGGCUCUCUGGCAGCGGCCUUUGCUGCAGACAUCGUCCAGCACGCCCAAGUCUAUGCAGUUGUGCCCAGGAAUCGGAGCGUGGUGAAGCUCCAUCUUCAAGAAGACACGCACGGUGUCUUGCACCUGACUGCCGUUGACGACGUCUUGAUACCAGGUGAAGGAGCAGAUGGUCCAACAGAGACAGCCUCUGUGGUGCAGCCCCACCAUGUGGCGUGGCUGCAUGGCAAGCUCCUAAUAGUGGAUGGCUGCUCCUUGCGCCAGGUGGAAGAGGGCCGAGUGAAGACAUUGCUCGGAUCGCCUGUUGAAUGUGCGGAACCACCGAACGAGACGCUGUCACCAGCCAGCUGGACCUCCAGGAUUGCACAGCCUCUUGGCUUGGCGGUGGAGGCCGAGGCCACAACCGGACAUACUGUCCUGGUGCUAACUCGCGGACAGGUCAUUCAGGUGACACAAGACGAUGGCAGCUGCACGGAGUCAUCUCACGACACUUGCAUCAAGGAGCAAUGUGGCUGGGUCGAAGAUGAUCGGCACAAUCGCUGUCUUGGCUGUUCGGAGCUGCAUGCCUGGGCCGAAGCUCAGAGGCCGCCGCUGGAUCCAUGCCUCUUGCAGAGCAGCGCGAUAGGAGGCGCAGGCCGCGCGGACAGCGUGCGCUACGACCUCAGCGCCUGCGGCUGUGCUGUGCCCACCACAACGCCGGCUCCGGAAGAGGACAUUGGCUUAGCCGGCUUCAUGCGCGUGCUGCUCGUGCUUGGCAUUGCUGCUGGGGUAUUGUUCUACUGCUGGCGAGAGCGACAGCGACGGCGGUUUCAGCAGGACAUGUAUGGAAUGACUUCUGACACCGUUCAGUUUCACACUUUCAAUGAUCAAGAAAACGAUGUCUACGUGCGCUACGACAGAUUUGCGAAGUUUCAGCUUUUGGCAACUGAGGAGGACAGGGGAACUGGGACCAAAAACAGGUGUGUUCCCGGCUUCAGUGCCAACGGCUUCGCACUCCUCGCAAAGAUAGCCUACAAGUUCUUGGAAGCUCAGGUGUGGUGGAAAAUGAUCCUCGGAAUCCUGGGCCUGGGACGGUCGCUCUGUGCAGGUUCCAGCUAUGGCCUCGAGGUGCAGAAGGCGGCUCAGGGCUGGGCUCGGAUGUCCGUCCUGUCAAACAUGGAGGUGACAUGUCCAACCGUGACCCAACCUGCGCAUCCUCUGCCUGAGAGUUGGAAGCUCUUGACGUCGGAUCGACAGCUCUCGGUGCAGCUGCCUUCGCAUCCCGCGCAGGGCCAGGGCCAGGGCGGGCCAGAGCUUUGGGCCAUGAACAAGACAAAUCGCUUGGCACGAAGGAAGAAGCGGAAGAGGAUGGGCGAGCGCAUCAGUUUAAGGAUGCGGUGA